AUGGAUGUACUGGCGGCAUGGUAUCCGGAAGAGGCGAACCAAACGCUGGGCUUUACGUACAUGGAAUACAUCGUCGAGACCAACGAUAUCCUCAUUAACUCGGUUGAGGGCCACAUCUGGGUCGUGCACCGGGGUAGCUGUCGUGGCCGCCCUUACUUCAAAACGACGCGCAAGAUCGAUAUGGUCCCUGAGCUACAGCAGGGCGACAGGCUACUCAACUCGAUGUUUGACACCGAAGUCCUGACAGGCGACGGCAGCAGCGUAGCCAACACUACCACGUACGGUUACAUUACGCCUAGCGGCAAGGUGCACAAGGCACGCCUCGACAACGAAAUGGUUGAGAAUGGCCUUGCUGUUGCGGGCACCAAUGUGUACAUGAACACGAGCCCUACCGGCAAGAACAACAAGCCGAAUGCGCCUGGCUAUAUGUAUUCGUUGACCGUCGAAGGCGGCGAAGAGGGAGGCAUCGAGACGCGCUGGAGGGUUCCUUAUGACGCAGGAGUCAAGACAGAGCUUGAUCCCGGGGCCGUUACGUCACGUGGCUCUGGGACAACGCCUGCGCUGCUAGCCGACAAGUACGUGGCCAUCGUCGACAACGAUAGUCCACGCCUGCACCUCAACGUGUACCAUCAGAAGCCCCAAGCCAACGGCAACAAGCAACUCGUUUGCCAAGUGCCGCUCUUCACGCCUGAGAAGGUUUCUGUGCUCAACAGCGUGCUCGGCCACUACGAUUCCAAGAGAGAGAAGUACGGCAUCAUGAUUCAGAACGCAUAUGGUGCCCCCCCUCUCUAUACCGGCCAGAAUGGCCAGAAGCUCAACGGCAAGGUGAAUGACAUGUCCAAUAUGGAGGGUGGUGUCACGCGUGUGGAUGUUGACAAGUACGGCAACUGCUCGGUACGCUGGACCAAUGACCUUCGGAUCAAAGCCGUAUCUGUGCUCUCAACCAAGAACGGGCUGGUCUAUAGCUACAUCCAGGAUGGGGAACGCGCGGCGAAAGGCGAGUACGUUUGGUAUAUGGCGGGCAUUGACUGGCUUACGGGCGAGACAGUCUUCCAGGUUCGCACCGGCACUGGUGGUGCCUUCAACGAUAAUUGGACAGGUGGGGCCUUGGGCCCUGACGGCACCUUUUACCAGACCGUCAGUAGCGGUAUUGUGGCCAUCAAAGAUGCGUGCAAUAACAGCUAG